GACAUUGCAGGUUCGGGAUUUACUAGACUUGCCCGCCACGUAAAAACCCUAGAAACUUCUUCAGUCCUCUGUUCACCCAUUCCACCUCACACAAUACAAUAUAUAAAAGCCCAUUUCCCCAUUCUUUGUAUCACAACCACUCACAAGUCACAAGAACCGACCUUUCCUAAACCCAUUUCAAAUCACUACCUUACUACCAUCACUUUUUCAGGUCUAACGUUGUUGAUCUUCUUCAUAAGCUGCUGAAAAUGUGUGGCGGUGCAUUAAUUUCGGAGCUCAUCCCUCGCAGCCGCGACCGCGACCGCGACCGCCGCGUCUCCCCCGCUGACCUCUGGCUCACCUCUCCCUUUGCCAAGCUCAACCCAGAUCAGCUCGGACAAAAUCACCAACAGCUCACCCACAAAAGGUCUCAACCUUGUACAGGUGAUGAGCAUGUUGAGAAAGCACCCAAGAGGCAGCGCAAGAACUUGUACAGAGGAAUAAGGCAGCGUCCAUGGGGAAAAUGGGCAGCUGAGAUUCGAGACCCGAGGAAAGGUGUCAGGGUUUGGCUCGGUACAUUCAACACGGCCGAAGAAGCUGCGAGAGCAUACGACAAGGAGGCUCGCAAGAUCAGGGGUAACAAAGCCAAGGUUAAUUUCCCCAAUGAGAACAGCGAUUACAACCACCCCACACCAGGUCAAAAUCACCUACCUCUCACUUCUCGCAACCCCACAUGCAAUGGGUUCCCUGCUAAUUCGAACCAGAUUGGGACAUACCCGUCUAAUGGGUUCUACAGUGUCCCUUCUUCUGUGAACCCUGACCCUGUUGCUGAAGAAAUUUCUUGGUCUGGUUCAGAAAAUGGGUACUCUUCUUCCAUGAAGGUGGAGGACAAGGAAGAGGAGGCGAAGCAAGAGGCGGUGCCGGUGAUAGAUUUGGAGGCAGAGGAGGAACAGAACGAAAUUCAGAAGCUGUCGGAGGAGCUCAUGGCCUACGAGUCCUACAUGAAGUUCUACCAGAUUCCGUACCUCAACGGAGAGUCUUCGGCGGCGCCGCUACCCAACCCAGCUCAGGAUACCGCCGUAGGCGGUGUCGCCGUCGACCUCUGGAGCUUCGAUGAUAUCACUCCGGCGUGAUCUAAAUCGCCACAUUCCAUGUUUUUGUUUUGUUUUUUUAUUUUUUAUUUUUUUUUUGUUUUUGCUUAUGUUUUUCUUUAUUCUUUUUAAGGAAAAUAAAAAAUAAAAAAUUCUCUGUAAUUUGUAAAUUAAAUAUAUUUAAAUGAUUUGCCUUCGUGGUUGGA